CACAUCUUUCCCGUUCAAAAGUACAUAUAACAAAAUAUAAUCAAAUGGGUAAAGUUAUUUGGAGUCAAUGGGCCAGAUUGAUUGCACUCAACGCUGGUGUUUUUGAAACUAUUGGUGGUAUAUUUGGUUUAUUUUAUCGCAUUUUUACGUUCGAGCCUUUAACGAAUUCCUUUGAACCAAUAUUUGAUCCUAUAAAUAUUAUUGCAAUAAUUUGCAUCGUCCUAGGUUUUAUAAUUGUUGCCAUUGAAAUGCCUGUCUUCCCCUUCAAGGAUACUUUUGUAACAACAUCUUUUGUCCCACGAAUCAUAUUAUAUGUCCCUAUCUGUGUCAUCUCGAUAUUAAACUAUCAAAAUGUCAAUCCAGCUUUAUACUUGUUAAUUGCCACUAUUAUGUAUAUUGCGGCAGUAGUAGGUGGUGAAGAAAACCACAGAAGUAAACAGAAUGAUUUAAGAAGAAAAUUGGUUGUAUGA